CGACCGCAGGGCCCGGGCCGCGCCUUCCGGACUGCUGCUGAGGGGGAGCUGGGGGCUUUCCCCCCACCGGCCUUCGAGGUUGAAGGUUUAUUGCUUCCCUCCCUCCUCUGGGGUCUUCUCAUGCCCCUGGGGGUUAGACAGCCUCUCUAGGACAGAGAUCAGUUCUGAAGUAAAAUCCACAAAGGAAGAAUUUGCAACAGAAGCAGCGGAGGGACCUCUACGUUCUUGCACUGAGAGUCUUGCACUGGGUAAGAGUGUUGUGUCCCUUCUAGACAUUGAAACACUAAAACUGGCAAGUGUUGGAAGGCAUGGCUACAGUGAAUCCAGCUGUGCUCCAAGUGUCAUCUCGGGACACAAAGGAAAGAAACCAGCCCCCCGUAAUGGGCAUUGCGACUCCAAAGAAGGCGGUGAUCGUGUUAGAUGCCAUGAAGGUGUUAGAUCCACGCUGGUUAAAACCUGAUAGCAUUGAAACAGAAAGAGUUGUAUCUGUCUUGGAUGAGACAAUUGCCAAGCUGGAGCUGAGCAGCUUGAUUCCACGUAUUAUUGACUCACUGGAUAGGUUUUCUGCUCUGCUGGGACCUGAGAUCACAAACAACCUAAUUGAGCACCAGAAGCUUUCAAGCAAAAUGGAGCACCUGCUUGCCAGCCCUGAAGAAGAGGACGCCAUGAAAGCUGAGGAGCAAAGGGUCUCUCUCUGCUUGCUCGAACAACAGCUGAAGUGUUCUGUUAGAAAUAUCCUGAGACUUUUACUGGCCAGCCCUUUACUUUGUAAGGCUCUGAAAUGCGAAGCUGGGCCAAGAGAGCCACCAGCUGAAGUGUUUAUCAAAGCCUUUAGGGAGUUCAGGAAUUUCGUGUUUGAGCGACUCCUGACUAGUCCCACAGAAGAGGAAGAAACGGUUCAGUUCAUGGAAGAUGUCUCCCUCCGGAUUAAGAAAAACACUGAAACAAUCACAGCUUCGCAGGCAGAACUGGUGGCAGCAAUCUGUACUCGAGAUGAGGAGGUUCAGAAAAAGGACGAUAUGAUCAAAGACCUCAAAAAGAGCAUGCAAGGUCUAGCUGAAGACUGCAAGACCAACAUUCUGCAGGUCAAGUGGGAAGGAGAAAAACAGCAAAAAGAGGAGCUGCGAGCUUCUCAGGCCAGAUGUGCCAGCCUACAGCAGGACGUUCAGCAGCUAGGAGCACAACUCAAUAAGCUGGUACUGGAGCAUCAAGCAUCAGAGCUGGCUCUCAGAAAGAGGAAGUGCAGAGCAGAGACGGAAAUUCUGAACUGGAUCCAGAAAUAUGACACAGACAUGGCAGAAAAACAGGCUGAGUAUGAGGAGGUUCAUGCUGCCUACACCAAGGAGAAGGCCCAGUUGUCCCUGCUGAUGGAGAAACACGCUCUGCUUCUCCAGGAGUAUUCCCAGAUCGAGGAGGAGCGCAGGAUAUGUCAGGAGAAGAAGAAGAAGGCUUUGGAGGAGUUGGCCACCAUGACCCUUGCUGCCACCCGCAUCCAGGCUUUCUGGAGAGGCUACUUGAUUCGGUCCACCUUCAAGUUAAAAAAGAAGAGGAAGGGCAAGGGCAAAGGCAAUGGCAAGGACACAAAGGCUAAGAAAUAAUCACAGAAUCUAUUUUCUUUCCUUCAUUCUCUCCUGGCAACGCUGCUGACUCCCCUGAGACUGAGCUCGUCCAGAUAAAUGCAUUAGAGCUGAGAUAAUAUUUGCAUUAAGGCUCCAGCUGUCCAGGGGUGGAGUUGCCUCUCAUAGACUGGGUAUAUCAAAGUGGUGACAUGAAGACAUGUCUCUCCAUUUUAGGUUUAGCUUUGCUGCUCUGAAAAGGAGGAGGAGGUCUCCUGGUGAAGGGACUGGGCCAGGAGUGCAGAUUCCUGGUUUCUCUCCCUCGCCCAUACUUUGCUUGUGUGUCAGCACCUGGUUUAGAACUUUACCCCUGACUUUCACCAGGUGCUGACACGCAAGGUGUAGAGAAAUGGCACAAGGCCCAACAGGGUAUCACUCCUGGAAAUUCGCAUUUUUCAUCAGGGGACAGCCGAAGGGUGGGAUGUGGCACAGCCCAGCUCGUGCUCUGCUCCUGAUCGUACAAGUCGCUCCCCAAGCCCAGCAGCAAACCGUGCCCCAUUUAAUGCCUAUUCCCGUUUUGACAGCACGCUCUCCUCUGGAUUCUCCAGGGCCUAAUGCCCUGAGAGCACACUGCAGCCUUUCCCUUUCACAGGGCCUCGAGUCAAUUAUUUAAUUCCUCUCUCUCUGCUUCUUAUUCUCAGUAACCAUGUAGAAACUUUGUAGCAUGGAGCUCUUUGCUCCUGUGCCUGCCAGGGCUGAAACUGGGCACGGGUAGUUUUACAGAGUGCUAUGUCUUACGUGUUUCAUUUUCUUGGGGAACUAGGCUGUUGUAUGUAACCAGUGUGACCCGGGCAGCUCCUCUCACAUAUUCUUCACAUUUAACAGGUCUCAGAGUAAACAGUUUUUUGAUCCAGACUGCCGGUGACAUUUCUGCACUCCCUGACAUCAGUGGCUCGUC